GUGUAAAGAGAGAUGGAGCCUGGGUAAAGUGGACAUACAAACAAUACUAUAAUGAUGUCCGCCGGGUAGCUAAGGCUUUUAUAAAGCUUGGGCUGGAACCAUACCAUGGUGUUGGAAUUAUCGGAUUCAACUCUCCAGAAUGGUUUAUAGCAGACUUGGGUGCCAUAUUUGCUGGGGGAUUUGCUACAGGAAUUUACACAACUAACACCCCCGAGGCCUGUCAGUAUGUGGCUGCCGAUUGUGAGGCAAAUAUCUUGGUAGUCGAGAACAACCAGCAGCUACAGAAAAUCUUAAAAGUCUGGGACAACUUACCCCACCUCAAGGCUAUUGUUCAGUAUGAUGGGGAGGUGGCUGAAAGGAGAGACAAUAUCUACUCGUGGAGUGAGUUGUUGGCACUGGCGGAACACGUCCAGGACUCUGACCUUGAGGAAAGACUGCAGUUACAGGCCCCGAACAAGGCCUGCACACUUAUUUACACAUCAGGAACUACAGGGAACCCCAAGGGAGUGAUGUUAAGUCAUGAUAACCUGACAUGGACCGCUAAAUACUUUGGACGACACCAGGGAGCCGUGUUUCAAAAUGAAGUGUUUGUAAGUUAUCUGCCCCUAAGUCACGUAGCGGCCCAGAUGAUUGACCUACAUAUCCCGAUGGCGUACGCUGUGGCCGUGUACUUCGCUGACCGUGACGCACUCAAGGGGUCCCUGAAGAACACAUUGAAGGAAGUUCGUCCCACCGCUUUCCUGGGAGUACCGAGAGUGUGGGAAAAGUUUGCAGAGAAGUUGCAGGAGAAGAGUCGAGAGGCUAAGGGAAUGAAAAAGAAGCUUGGAGCAUGGGCAAAAGGAAAAGGCAAAGAGGGUGUGAUGGCCAAAAUGGAGAAUCGGUCGCUUCCAUGGUUUUGGGGUAUAGCAAACUCGUUGUUGUUCCGUCCAGUGAAGAAGGAGAUGGGACUAGAUCGCUGUCGGAUCUGCGUGUCUGGAGCAGCUCCCAUUAUGAGAGACACCCUUGAGUGUUUUUUCAGCUUCGACAUCACAGUACUGGAGGUAUACGGCAUGAGUGAGAGUACUGGUCCUCACACCGUAGGCACCAAUGACUGCUUUAGACUGAGCAGUGUUGGUAAAGAAAUCCCAGGAGUUCACACCAAACUUGCUGACAAAGAUGAUGAAGGAAAUGGAGAGGUGUGUAUGCAGGGCCGUCAUGUUUUCAUGGGCUACUUAAACAAUGCUGAAAAGAAUGCUGAGGCUUUUGACUCAGAUGGCUGGCUGCGAACUGGUGACAUUGGCAAAAAAGACAAGGACAAUUUCCUUUAUAUCACAGGACGUAAGAAAGGUAUGCCACUUAUUUAUCAGUGUGAAG